AGUAUUCCCUGCGUCUGCAAUAACUCCCCCAAAUUUUCGCUGAAUGUCCAUGUGAUGCAUUCGUUUCUUAGCUAUUACGGAGAAAGUUGAUUGACUUCAAUGACGCAUUUAAUUGCUGUCCGUGAAAAUUUCAUAUACGUAUUUUUACGCGGAGUCUCCGGCGCAUAGUUGACGAAGCAUUUAUACAGACAUGGCAUCUGUUAAUGAAGGAUUCGUUGCGGACGAGGACGUAAAUCUCGAAAAGAGCCAAGAUUUGGAGUCUAGAAAUUCGUCAGCCUCAGCGAAAGCCCGUGAAAUCCUUGGCGGCGACAUCGAUUACUCUGCAGCUCGCAAGGCGCCAUUGUUCAUAGCGACGAUUGCCGCCUCGUGGGGUGCCUUCAUCCUUGGAAGUUUUCUGGGAUGGUCGUCACCGGUUCAACCACAAUUGCAGCAAAUUCAGAAUGCCACAGUGCCUCCACACGUCACGAACGAGGAGAGCGUCUGGUACGUGAAAUUAGAUAACACUGAAAUGGCCAUGGUGGGUUCAUUCGUCAAUCUUGGCGCCUUAUUGGGAGCUCUCUCCGGAGGCUUUUUGAUGGAUCGUUUCGGACGGAAAUUGGUCCUCAUCUCUUUGUCCUUGCCGUUCGUCGUUGGCUGGCUACUCAUAAUUGUCGCCGUUGAUCCCAGUAUGUUGUACAUUGGCCGAAUCCUGGGUGGGGCGGCCGGUGGCAUAGUCUCCGUCGUAGCGCCCAGCUAUGUUGGUGAGAUCUCUAUCCCCAGCGUGCGAGGCCUCCUUGGAUUCUCAUUCCAAUUGAUGGUAGUCUUGGGCAUUUUGGUCGUCAGCUUGUUCGGUCUAGGACUCGAUUGGCGAUUGAUCUCGGCUAUCGAGGCUGUCUUCCCCUUCAUCUUUCUCGUGUCCGUGCUGUACAUUCCCGAAUCGCCUUACUACUCUGUUAAAAAAGGAAAAUCGUCUGAAGCUCGCGAUGCUUUGAAAUGGCUGCGAGGACCUGAAUACGAUAUGGAGCAAGAACUGGCCGAAAUGGAAGCUCGCGUCCGCAUCGAAUUGUCUCAGAAAAGCCGAUUCUCCGAUCUCUGGAGUAGCUGGGCCUGGAAGCCCGUCAUGGUGGCCAUUGGUUUGAUGGUAUUCCAACAACUCUCAGGUAUCAACGCGGCCUUAUUCAACGCUGUUGCCAUCUUCGAAUCAGCCGGCUCUGAACUCGACACCUUGGUAGCUGCCGUUCUCCUCAAUGUCGAUCAAGUCCUGUUUUGCUUCAUAUCGUCGCUUUUGGUGGAGCGUCUCGGUCGCCGAACCCUUUUCCUCAUAUCGGAGGUUGGCAUGUGCAUUUCAAUGUUUGCGUUGGGUGCGUUCUUCUUCAUCAAAGAGCAAUGCGAAAACGAAUUGGAGGCCACUCCCGCAUCCGAUUGCCAGCAACAGGUGACCGCCUUAGGGUGGCUACCGCUGACGUCGCUUAUCCUUUUUAUUGCCACUUUUGCCGUGGGUGCCGGCCCCAUGCCGUGGCUCAUGUUCGGCGAGAUUUUGCCGGCCAGAGUCAAAGGACCGGGCGGCUCUGUCGCCUCGUUCACCAACUGGUUUUUGGCCUUCAUCGUCACGCUCACGUUCGUCGAUAUUCAAGAAGCCAUCGGAAGUUCCGGUGCCUUUUGGAUGUUUGGCGGCUUUUGCGUCCUCGGUAUUUUCUUCACCCUUUUCUUGCUUCCGGAAACCAAAGGCAAAACACCUGAGCAAAUCCAAGCUUUCUUCGGCAUCCACCCACCUGCUAAUGUUUCCUCUAGCGAUUGAGUAAAAAAAAAUUAAUAAAUGAAUCAAAUCUUACAUCUAAAGGGAACGACGACAUGGGCGGGAGAGAAAGAGAGAAAACUGCGUUUUUUUUUUGGUUUAUGUUUGCGCUGAUUUUUAAUUUCUACUUUCUCCUCUCACGACAGGACAGGAGAAAAAGUCGCAUGACAACGUCACAAUCACGUUUCCACUUCCUUCUUUUUACGUCCUCUCUAUUUGAUAAAAUAAAUUAAAACAAAAAAGAAAAGAAACAAAAACGUUGGGACGUUCUCUGCGCUGAACAGAUUGUUUGGCAGCCUUAAUUGUAAUUCUCCAUCCUUCCCGAUUUUUAUUUUAAUGGUUUUUUUAUUUGUUUUUUCCUAAGAAUUUUCUAUUUUUAAAAUUUUGUGUUUUUUAUCAUAUGUCCAUGUAAUGGCGUCAUUGCUUUUUAUUAUUAUUAUACACGUCAAUGUCGGAAAUUGAUUGGAAUAAUUUCAGUUUAAAGUCUUCCGAUAUCCCCUUUCUAAAUGUUGUGGUACCUGAAAUGACGACAUUUAAAAAUUACUCUUGUGGCAUUAAAGUCUAUACGUGUGCGCACGUGUGGGUCAAUACAAACAAUUAACCGUG